UGGAACUCUAGUUCAGAAAUUAAAUGCCUUCCUACUGUUCGGGAUUCUUCACUUUGCCCGGUAAUUACUUCUUCCUUCAGACUGCUUUCUCACGCAUAGAAAACAUAACUUAGGACGUCAUUUGUGCAACAUAAGAUAGAAAUAAAGUUUAUUGCGACCACAGUUUACUUGUGACAUGUCGCUUACAGGAAUCAAGCAUAAACACCGAGUGACCUGCUGAGAUCAACAUGCGUUGUCGACGUCACAAUAUAGUGUUGCUGCUCGUGGCAGCUGUGCUCCUGAUGAUGACACUGUCACGCAAGCACCUACUAUCCACAACGUUUUGGUCCAGAGAUAAUACAGGAACUGUAAGGAAGGAUGGGUUGAAGACAGAGAUGACUCAUGAUGCCACUAACAAGAUCACGGGGACACGGGAUUCAGGCAACACGGACCGAAACCAACGAGUAAAGAAACACACACGGGAUGGGGACAACAAUGCCCUAACAGAUGAGCCAAACGACCGCAAGACCAGCAUAACCUUGGGAAGAAGGGUUCACACACACAACGGUUUCUGGAAAAGGCCAACCAAUGAUAUGAAUAUCAGCUCUAUGAAAGUACCAGAACGAGAUGGAUUUGGCAAUACAUCCAACACAUGCAACGAAAAAACAAACCUUGUUUUCUUGAAGACCCACAAGACGGCUAGUUCUACUGUACAAAACGUAAUUAUGCGAUUCGGCAGUACUAGAAACCUCACCUUUGCUCUACCAAUAAGGGGACACAUAAUGGGCUGGCCCAGGUUAUUUCGGAAGUCAUAUGUGCUGCAAGAGAACCUUGCGAAGAAAAACACCACCUACAAUAUCCUCUGCCACCACAUGCUAUUUCAUCACGAACACAUUCGAGAACUUAUGCCAGACGAUACUGUAUAUAUUACCAUCAUUAGGGACCCAGUCUACAUGUUUGAAUCGAUAUUCACUUACAUGCGAUUCGACAAACAAUUCCGGAUUAACACUUCUGAGCCUUUAAAGACCUUUCUCGAACAGCCUUUUCACUUCGCCAAGUCCGGAAAAAGAAACCCGCAGCGUUACCGUAACCCUAUGUUGUAUGAAUUUGGGAAUAUGAGGACAGAAUCGGACUCGGACGAGAGUAUAGAAUUUGACAUUGAUCGAAUCGAGAAAAUCUUUUCUGUUGUGAUGAUAGCAGACUAUUUCGAAGAGUCCUUGGUUCUGCUGAAACACACGCUUUGCUGGGACAUCAAUGACGUCACGUUUUUCAAAAUUAACGCUCGAAAAAAUGAAUCCAUACGUAGCAUGACAGCAGAUAUGGCGGAAAAAAUCCGUCAAUGGAACAGGUCGGAUGUCAUGUUGUUCGAUCACUUCAACAAAACACUGUGGUCUAAGCUUUCCAAACUCCCCUUCGACUGGAGAAAAGAGGUGGAAGUUUUAAAGGCCAAAAAUCUGCAGUUACAAGACGAGUGUCUUCAGUCUGACAGUGCCAGUAAAGCAAAGACAAAUGAUAAGCGCUUCGGAGUGUACCAACCAAAAGGCAUUCAAAUGCAACACUUCCAGUUGAAGGAAAAUGCCCUGAUGAACGCGACUUGUGUAAACAUGGCAAAAUCAGAAAAACCGUUUACAUUUGAGCUACAGGACAGGGAAAAGCGCAGAAUUUCAAAUCAACUUUAAACUAAUUUGACACUAGUAUUCUCAUAGCAAAUGCACAGUUUGACGGUGGCAGGGGUUGGAAGAUUGAGUGCAAAAUCACAGUCUGCACGGAGGCAGGGAUUGGUAAUGAGUGCAAGAGCAAAGUGCACGGUGGAAGUGAUUAGACUUUUAUUGUCUUGUUCAUGGCGUACUUUAUUGAAUAUUCAGUUGGCUUCACUGUUUCAAUUAAGUUCAUAAUUGCAUUUGAUCCUGUGACUUUGU